ACCACGUGAUAUUGUGCUAGUAAGGCCAGUAACGUAACAGGCAGUAACAGCCGCUUGCUGCGAAAUUAUAACAGUUUCACAGUUGAAGAAAAUUGCUCAAACGAUAAACUCUUCUUUCUACGACGAUAUUUUUAAUCAAAGAUGUUUAUUACAACCCUAGAUUAAAGUGUCAUAUGACGACAACCUAGAGUUUGAACUCUACGACAACCGACUGGCUGAUCUCCGGUCUAUCCUAUCUUUGACGAUGUCGUAAAGUUGAGUAUCCCCCGUGUGCAGGACCUAAAGCGCACGCGCACGAUAAACAUACGAUCAAAUCAGACUUGAAACCGACGACGGCUGGUAAUCUUUCUCAGUCGCACUCCAACCAUUGAGUAGAUUGUAACAGGCGUUCGCACAGUUCCUACGAAUAAAUCCUCAUUUAAGAUUAGAAGAUGGUCGCGGAAAAAUACAACAAGCUCGAACCUGAGCUGAAAGAGGAAUUACGCACGAUUGCUCAACAAAUUGUAGCACCCGGUAGAGGUAUUCUGGCCGCUGAUGAGUCAACUACAACGAUCGGUAAACGGUUUCAAGAUAUCAAUGUCGAAAAUACUGAGGAAAACCGUAGAGCUUACAGGCAACUACUCUUUACUACUGCGAAAGAUGUCAUUGGACAGCACAUUUCUGGAGUGAUCCUCUUCCAUGAGACUCUUUAUCAAAAGGGCGAUGACGGUACGCCUUUCGUCGAGCUGCUGAAGCAACGCAACAUCAUCCCUGGUAUUAAAGUUGACAAGGGCGUUGUUCCGCUCUUCGGCACAAAUGACGAAUGCACGACCCAGGGUCUCGACGAUCUUCAAGCGCGUUGUGUCCAGUAUAAAAAAGAUGGAUGCCAUUUUGCCAAGUGGCGAUGCGUGUUGAAAAUUACGAAAGACACCCCGAGCAAACUCGCCAUCAUGGAGAACGCCAAUGUGCUAGCUCGUUACGCUUCCAUCUGUCAGAGUGCUAGAAUUGUGCCGAUCGUAGAGCCAGAGAUCCUUCCCGACGGUGAUCACGACCUCGCCCGUUGUCAACAGGUCACGGAAGAGGUUCUUGCAGCCGUUUACAAGGCACUUUCAGAUCAUCAUGUAUAUCUCGAAGGAACGCUGUUAAAGCCUAACAUGGUAACGCCAGGCCAGAGCUGUUCGAUAAGAGCGACUCCCCAGGAAAUCGCUGCUGCUACAGUGACAGCUUUGUUACGUACCGUGCCACCAGCAGUACCUGGCAUCACUUUUCUCAGCGGUGGUCAAUCCGAGGAAGAGGCGUCAGUCAACCUGGAUGCGAUUAACAAGUACCCAGCGAAAAAACCUUGGGCAUUAACUUUCAGUUAUGGACGUGCUCUUCAGGCUUCCGUACUUCGUGCUUGGCAAGGCAAGGCCGACAAGAUCGCUGCUGGUCAAGAAGAGUUGCUUAAGAGAGCCAAGGCAAACACCGCAGCCUGCCAAGGUAAAUACGUCGCUGGCAGCAUUUCUAGCAAAGCCGCUGACACUUCUCUCUACGUCAAAUCUCACGCCUACUAAAAAUAUUUUACAUUUUCCGCACAAUCCGUUUCUUGUGGCAGCUAACAGCGAGUCGGCACUUGGCAAAUAUGGAGGUGGCGUGACUGGUGCUGCGGGAGACGCGGCUCUUUUCAUCGCUAAUCACGCGUAUUAGAUUGACCGAUAAAGAUAUACUAUUAGAAACAUAAAAUGAAACAGCUAUUGGAAACAUCUCGCAAGAUUGUCAUCAUCGUCUUUUCCGUUGAAAUCAUGAGAAGAAAAAAGAUUUCUCUGGAGAUGUUCAAGACGCACACGAAACAUCCCAAGUUCCAAAAAAAUUUAUCGUUCUUAUUUUGUUUAAUAUAUGUGUAUAUGUAUAUAUAUUUUUAAGUAAUUAUUAUUUUUUACAGAUCUAAUUGCAUGAUUUUAAAUUGAAUUUUAAUUGAUCAAAUCUUUUACGUAAAUUUCUGUCAAUCAAAUAUAAUUUUAAAUAAUUCCACAUUACAUGUAAUUCGAUUCGCAACUCAAGUCGACAGUUUAUAAAUUGCACGUCAAAUAUGUUGAUUAAAAUUUUAUCAAAACAUCUCAUAAAUUUUCCUAUUGAGCAGUCAAUUUAAUGGAUGAUUUCGUAACAAAUGUACAAAAAAUAUCGAAUUUAGAAUUUUUUAGCCUGAUCUAUUCGUUUUCAAUUUUUCGAUACUCUCGUCGCUGUUCCAAUUUAUUCAGCGACUAACUUGACGAGAUUCAAUUCUAUUGAUAUUAAAUAAUGAAGAAUGAAGACCAAAGCGUCGAGAGAACACGAAUAGAUUUUGUGAAAUUCGAUAUUAUUAUACGCAUUAUUACUAUCUGUAACAGUAUGAAACAAAAACAGCAGAUGUAUUAUAUUUGCUCUCAUGAUUAAUGUCUCGUUAUAACUUUGCGUAUAAAAUGAACGCGCAAAAAAUAUAUAUGCAAAAUAAAACAGUUAUUAAAUGUUUGUUAGUGAUUGUAUCAAGUAUUACAAAAUCAUGCUAUUCGGUGUGUCAUCUAUACUUAUUAUAUAUAUCAUUGCAUAGAAACCUAAUCUAUUGAGAAUUAUCUCGUAUGUCGAUAUUAUAUUUAAAAAUAGUUUUGUUGUAAUCAAAGUUACCAAAUACAACUGUGAAGGAUAAAA